GGGAGGGCGCGCACCGGAAGCGGGCCUAAGAAAUGAACAUGGCGGCCGCCUGGGGCCUCCGCUGGGGCCUGAGCCGAGCUGGAACCUUGUUGCUCCCGCCGCCCGCGCCCUGUGUUCACCGGGCUCUGCACAGACAGGUAUUCGGCACCGAAUUCCAGAGCAUCUACAGCCUGGACAAGCUCUACCCCGAGUCCAAGGGCGUGGAUACGGCCUGGAAGGUCCCGGAGCAUGCGAAACAAGCCAGCAGUGACAUCCCUCUAGAUCGAUUGAGCAUAUCUUACUGUCGGAGUAGCGGUCCUGGAGGGCAGAAUGUUAACAAAGUGAAUUCCAAGGCUGAAGUCAGGUUUCACUUGGCCAGUGCAGACUGGAUCGCUGAGCCUGUGCGCCAGAAGAUUGCUCUCAAGCAUAAAAACAAGAUCAACAAGGCAGGAGAGCUGGUACUUACCUCCGAGAUCAGUCGCUACCAGUUCCGGAAUCUGGCGGAGUGCCUACAGAAAAUUCGAGACAUGAUUGCUGAGGCCAGCCAAAUGCCCAAGGAGCCAUCCAAAGAAGACGCUCAGCUCCAGAGACUCAGGAUAGAAAAGAUGAAUCGGGAAAGGCUGCGACAGAAGAGAAUCAACUCUUCCAUAAAGACGAGCAGGAGGGUGGCUAUGGACUGAAGUUACCCCACACUGUCCUCAGAGACGAGUGUCAUGCGCUCUGCAGGGCUGCCACACCAGGGGAGACUUCUCGCUAACUGGAGCUAACUGGAGCCUGGCCGGAGCGUUGCUUAGGAGGGACGGCUACAGGGCAUCCAGGCAGCUCACCCGGUUGCCCUCCUCGUGUAUUUCUGGCUGCAAUAAACUUCUAAGCACAGGAA